GCGGGCUAUUCUUGACGCCUUCACCCCAUUUCAGGGUCAAGAUCUUUCGCCGGCUCACUGCCGGAUUUCCCCUGCUAAGAGCCUAAGAAUCGACCACCGAUCACGACCGUGUUGUUACGAUGGAGAAGGCUUCUGGCCCUCCGUCAUCCCCAGCUUCUCUAAGGUGGGAGAUCCUUCGCCGUUCGUUCCUCUCUCGCUCUUCUCCCGAACCCGAUCAUGCAUCUCAAAAGAGCACCAAAAUCGUAUCCAGAAAGGCAGCUGGUGGCUUUAAAUUGAUCUCGUGUCACCCACUAAGUGGCCAUUUAGCAGAAGGCUUGAGCACUUCACCCGGCACAAAAGAUCUAGCUGGGCCCAGAGAUGUUUACAUUUGUUACGAGUUGCCAGUGGCAAGUGUUCCAAAUCUUACGUUAGUCCAAAGAAUGGAAGAAUGCAUCGACCUAAAUGAUUUUCAGAUCUCUACCACAUAUAACAUUGACACGACGGGGCUAGUAUGUUGUUGGCCAUCAGAAGAUGUCCUUGCUUAUUUCUGUAUAAUCCACCAAGACAUGUUCAGGUCCAAAAGAGUACUUGAACUUGGAUCAGGCUAUGGAUUAGCUGGAUUGGCUAUUGCAGCAAGCUCAGAUGCUUGUGAGGUAGUAAUUUCUGAUGGAAAUCCACAGGUUGUUGAUUAUAUUCAGCGUAACAUAAGUGCCAAUGCUGGAGGUUUUGGGAAUACAAAAGUGAAAUCAAUGACAUUGCACUGGAAUGAAGAGCCAGCUGCAGAUAUAUUGAAUUCAUUUGAUAUUAUUGUUGCAAGUGACUGUACUUUCUUUAAGGAAUUCCAUGAAAGCCUUGCUCGUAUGGUCAAAUCCUUGUUGAAAUAUUCAGAGGGCUCUGAAGCCAUUUUUCUCAGCCCUAAGAGAGGUGAUUCACUGGACAAGUUUCUAGAAAAGAUCAUGGAGGCUAGCUUGCAAUAUGAAUUAGUUAAGAAGUACGACAGCCAAGUGUGGAAUCUUCAUCAGAAUUUCCUAAGAGGUAAUGACACCUCGUGGCCCAACUAUCUUGAAGAUCACUGCUACCCUUUGUUGAUAAAGAUCACUCAUCAUGAACCUGAACAACCCUGUCAUCGCUCGUUGUAAUGUCAUUUCAAACGUCAAUGCAAGGUCUGCAAUGGAAGUUGUGUACAUGAUUUUGGCUUUUAUUCAUCAAAACAAGUAUAUAGAAAUUACGUUUUUUUUUCCUUUUUGGGUGCAAUUAUUGGGUUCCUUAUUGUCA